AUGCAAUAUCGUGAAUCCCUCCUCAUGGAUCGGCGUGGAGGUGGCACUAAUCGACGAGCAUUGCAAGCUUCGCGACGUUUGGAAUUGGCCAUGAUAGCCUAUCAGGAAUUUCUCCUCUGUUUGUCGCGAAUGGUAAACGUGACGGAAGCAGACCGAAUACCAGAUCUUGAGCUGGAGGAGACAUCGGAAAUUGUAGAGGAGCGGUUACGCCUCCAGGCAACUGCAGCUGAAAAUAUUGUAGCCAACAUAUUCUACGUAUCCGAAUAUCAGGAUGUUUAUCCAAUACUUCUGACCAAUUUCAACGAAGCAGUUCAGUCUCGGUAA